AUGGCUGGUUUCACGGUAGCUCUGGCUCUGAUGGUGAUAGUGUCCACAAUAGCUGUUCGAGUUGAUGGAAAUGAGUUUUCCCAUCACAAGGAAGUUAAAAUACUUAGACAUUUGAAGCGACUCAACAAGCCUCCUGUUAAAUCCAUUAAGAGUGAAGAUGGAGAUGUAAUUGAUUGUGUUCCUAUCACCAACCAACCAGCUUUUGAUCAUCCUUUACUUAAACACCAUACCAUCCAGAUGAGACCUAGUUUCCACCCCAGAAGUGAUUCUACGUACACCAAGAAAGAGGCAAAGACUAUAACUCAGGUUUGGCACAAGGCUGGAGAGUGUCCCAAUAACACAGUUCCCAUCAGAAGAACAAAGAAAGAAGACCUCUUAAGACCUAAAUCCAUCGAGAGUUUUGGGAGAAAGCCUCCUCAUAGCAUCCCAAAAUCUACAACCUUUGAUCCAACAAAAGGUCAUCAGUACGCGUUGAUGAGUGCGAUGAACGAAACGUUUUAUGGGACCGAAGUUUUGAUAAAUCUGUGGAAACCAUACGUCCAAGUUCCCGAAGAGUUUAGCUUGGCUCAGACUUGGAUUGUGUCCGGAUCUGGCUCCAGUCUUAACACCAUUGAAGCUGGUUGGCAGGUUUAUCCAGAACUAUAUGAUGAUUACAAUCCUAGAUUCUUUGUUUACUGGACGAGUCCUAUUUGA